AUGCCUGCCACGCCUUUACUCCAACAUUUUGAUGCCACUUCGAUAAACGACACAUAUCAUAUGAUCCAACAUCCGCGCAUCCGAUCAAGAUGGGAAUUGUUCCGUGAAUAUAGGGACUCUUUUAUUGCUAUUUCCAAUGUACGUCAACCGUUGAUCGAUGAGUCUUCUUUUGAACGAACCCCCUCGUUGUCUUCAUGGAGUAGAAAUAACGCGUCCCAAAAAAACUCUCAGUCUUCCCAUACUUCCGUAUCCCUACCUAAUUCAAGUAUUGCCAAUACCCUUCUUUAUCAUCCUUUCAUAGAUCAAGAGUAUUCUUUCAAAUAUCCGGACAAAAGAUCCUGUCUGAAUAUGAUUUCAUAUGUAGGAAUGCUAGCGCAGUCAAAUUUAGCAUGUCAGCAACUGCUAUCAAAUGCAUGCAAAGCUUAUGCGGCUGAUUUGUCUGAAAUAUCCACAGAAUAUGAAGAGCUUGAAACAAAGUUUACCAUUUCCUCUUCCAAAGAGCUCCUUGCCAAAGGCAGCAGCACGUACAAAUCCAUGCCCAUUCCGGAAAGUGGACAUUCAGAACCCCUUUACAACUCUAACGUAUUAUCCCAUACUGGAGGUUCCCAACACCAGAGCCUUCUUCUCUCAUAUGCGUCCGAUAACAAUCUUGCCGCCGUGACUACAAUACACCGGGAGCUAUUUGACAUUCUCAGCGCGAUGCAUGCGAUGACGGAGAUGCUAUCGCAUCAGGGCAACAUGAUAGACAGGAUUGACUUGAAUGUUGAGGCAUCGCUUCGGCACCUGAAGGCAGCCAAUAUUGCCUUUUCAAAGGUAUUUUUGUGUUUGUUACCACAGACUGAACAAUAUCAACUUUCGCAUGGGAAAAACUGGCUCGUCACCAUGUAUGCCCUUUUUCUUUUGGCAAUCAUCGGAGCUAUUGUAAAGUUUCUCAGGUGA